AUGAACCAACAUGUGCUGAGAAAUGAAAGUAUUUGCUCCAUAAACCUGAAACACGUUUGUAUUGACUCCACUCUGUCUUCCUCCCCAGACAACACCCCGCUGCGGUCCAGUCUGGUGGCCGAGGCCAAUGUGGUGGAGCUGUUCAGAGAGGAGCCGGAGGAGGAGCUCGGCCUGCGCAUCGUGGGGGGGAAGGACACGCCGCUGGGGAACAUCGUCAUCCAGGAGAUAGUGCGGGACUCGCUGGCAGCUCGUGACGGCAGACUCGCACCGGGGGACCACAUCCUAGAGGUGAAUGACGUCAGUCUGGCCUCAGUCCCUCACUCCCGGGCCAUCGCGGUGCUGCGGCAGCCCUCCGUCCUCCGGCUCACUGUGAUGCAGGAGAAAGGUUUCAAAACACGGGAUCCGCGGUCGGAUCACCUCCCUUCCUCUGGCCCCGCCCCCAGUGCCUCCCAACCCUCUCACAGUCCCCAUGGCAACGCUAACUCCAAUCACAACCCCGGCUCCGUCCUGCAGGUGACGCUCGUGAAGAGUCAGCGCAGCGAACCGCUCGGCAUCAAACUCAUCCGCAAGUCUGACGAGAGCGGGGUCUUCAUCCUGGACCUGCUGUCCGGGGGUCUCGCAGCCAAAGACGGGAAACUGAGGAACAACGACAAAGUGCUCGCUAUCAACGGACACGACCUGAGGCACGGCACGCCUGAGAGCGCUGCCCAGAUCAUACAGGCGAGUGAGGUGCGUGUGAACUUUGUGGUGAUGAGGCCUGCAGAGCCUCAGGAGGAGGGGGGGGGCAGCAGAGAGGGGCACAGCCGAGCAGCCAGGAGGGUCCCGGAGCCACAGUACUUCAGACGCCGCUCCACAUACAUAAAGGAUCCUCCAGGAGGGUUUUCCAGCCAGGAGAAGACGGUGAGCAUGAAGAAGGAGCCUCGGCUUUCCCUCGGCAUCACCAUCGCCGGGGGGAGGGACUGUCGGAGCCGUCUACCCGUUUACAUCACCAGCGUGCAGCCGGUCGGCUGUCUUCACCGAGAUGGCACCAUCCAAAGAGGCGACGUUCUGCUGAGCAUUAACGGUGUGGAUCUGACCCAGCUGACCUACAACGAGGCGGUCUCUGUGCUGAAGGCUCAGACUGCUCAGUCCCAGGUGGCCCUGCGCGUCAUCCAGACCCUCUCCGAGAACCCCGACGAGGACAGUGAGGCGAACAAGGACGACAUGGACACUAUGGAAGACCCGCGAGACGACGCCCUCAACUGGACGCCGCUGUGGACUCGCUGGCUGGGAUUACCGAGUCCCAUGCACUGGUGCCGGGACAUCGUCUUGCAGAAGACCAACAACGAGAGCUGGGGCUUCAGUAUCGUCGGGGGUUACGAGGAGUGCCACGGCCAGCAGCCUUUCUUCAUCAAAACCAUCGUGCCUGGGACCCCUGCUCACUUCGACGGACGCCUCAAGUGCGGCGAUGAGAUCGUGGCGGUGAACGGCGCCACCACUGUGGGAAUGAACAACUCCUCUCUCAUCCCCAUGCUGAAGCUGCAGAAGAACAAAGUCACUCUGACGGUGGUGUCCUGGCCCGGCAGCCUGGUGUAGAAACACACACACACACAUACCUGACCAUUCACUCUUUCCUCUCCGUCAUCUCUUUAUUGUUCCACACACACACACACACACACACACACACACACACACACACACACACACACACACACACACACACACACACACACGUGCACGCAGAGAUCUUCGCCCUGCUCAGCUGCAUUCUUGACUCACUGUCCCUUCAAUAUGUAACUCACUCAUAGUUAUGUAAUGUGUGUGUGCUUAGGAACCAUCGUGUGUACAAUGGAGAUGACUUUCAGUAGCGAGCUGAGUCCUCUCACACCGAGCAGAUGAUUGCACAAACUAGGUUUAGGGUGAGAAAGUGAUGACAAUCAGUGAAUGAUAUGCUAAGGGCAAACUGGAACUUUGAACACCUUGUUGAUCCUUUGCUGAAUACUUUAUCCAUUUUGUUCCUUUCUUGUUAAAUAAUGUUAUCAUUACAUGACUUCUUUCAAAUAAGAAAUGUCGUUUUUACGAUAUGAGUAGAGAGUCGUGAAUUAUAGGUAACUACACAAAACAAGAUGGCUGCUGACUGUAAAGACUCAUGCCAAAGACAGAAACAGUAUCCUGUCCUGUAGCUUUUAUAGAUUGUAUCAACCUUACUACAAUGCUCCUUCAAAUCGGGCAACAGAAUGGGGAAACCCUGAUGUAAAUGUAAGUAAACUCAGUCAAAGUGACAUUUAGGAUUAAAUAAACAGCUGCAACUAGGAAACAGAACUUUGGUUUUAACAGGGAGGGUGUUGUAAAGCCAAAGAAAAGACCUACAGUCAAUUUGGUUUGACAGCUUAUACAGAUAUACAGAGGCUCUUUAAUCCAAAUCAGUCAUCAGUCAAAUCCUACGCAGUCCUAUAUGUAAACAGAACCCUGAAUACACCAUUCAAUCACAAUGACAUCGGUAGGAAAUGGCUUGGGCCCAAGUUUAUUUCCUGUUCGCAGUGGAUAUUAGCAAAUUCUGAAACAGGAAAUAAACAUUCUUAUUGUUUUAAAGCUGAGAGCUGGUCUAUAGAAGCAAAUCAUUCUGUGCUGAAUGUUUGGUCUAAAACAGUUUUAGUCUUGCAAUGAUAUAAGACUGAAUGGCAUUGAUAAGCGGGAGCCUUUUUAGACAUUGAAAGACAAACCAGAAUGUGAACCUGCCUUAAUUUCCCACUGUACAAAAAUGCAUCAUUAUUUCCUCUCAUUAUAAACUGUAAAUAGGAAUUUCAAAGGAGAAAACGGCCUUGUGAGAUACAUCUGUUACCUCGUUUCUAUUUUUAUGUCAACACAUUCCCAGUGGCCUUUCUUGUGUCUAAAUUGAGACAAGACUUAUUAAAUAACUCAGAAUAUCGUUUCAGAAUUUGUUUUUCAAGUCAGAGUGGCUGCGAUAUGAAUAUAUAUAUGUAUAUAGAGUAGGAAAUACAUGUAUUAGCCUGUACACAAUUUCUUUAUGUUCAAUAAAAUCAUAACAAAUCA